CCGUCCUUUGUGAUUGGUCUGGAUUUCUAUAAUCAACUUGCACUGUUACCUAACCUCCAUGAGAGGCAGUUCAGCAGGGAAACAACAUGGAAACAGCAGGGAGGGUGAUCAAUUGCAAAGCUGCUGUAGCAUGGAAGGCUGGGGAACCUCUUAUGAUGGAGGAGGUGGAAGUGGCGCCUCCUAGAGGAGGGGAAGUUCGCAUCAAGAUUGUGGCCACAGGGAUUUGUCACACUGACUCCUAUACACUAAGCGGCUCUGACCCUGAGGGAGUUUUUCCUGUUGUUCUGGGACACGAAGGAGCUGGCAUCGUGGAGAGUGUUGGAGAGGGGGUCACCAAGUUUAAACCAGGGGACACAGUCAUACCACUGUACAUCCCUCAGUGUGGAGAGUGUAAGUUCUGCAAGAAUCCCAAAACAAACUUGUGUCAAAAAAUCAGGCUCACUCAGGGCAGAGGUUUGAUGCCAGAUGGGACAACCCGUUUCUCCUGCAAAGGCAAAAGCCUUUUCCACUUCAUGGGCUGUAGCACUUUCUCUGAGUACACUGUGGUGGCUGAGAUCUCCCUGGCCAAAGUGGAUCAUAGAGCCCCUCUUGACAAGGUGUGCCUGCUGGGCUGUGGCAUCACCACUGGUUAUGGAGCUGCUCUUAACACAGGCAAGGUAGAGGCCGGCUCAACCUGUGCUGUGUUUGGCCUGGGGGCAUUGGGUCUUGCAGCAAUCAUGGGCUGUAAAGCAGCCGGAGCAGCCAGGAUUAUUGGAGUUGAUCUCAACCCCGAUAAGUUCAAAGUGGCUCGAGAGUUUGGUGCCACAGAUGUUCUGAACCCGAAGGACCACAGCAAGCCAAUUCAAGAGGUCCUGGUAGAGAUGACGGAUGGAGGUGUGGACUACUCCUUUGAGUGCGUGGGCAAUGUAGCAAUCAUGAGGGCAGCCCUGGAGGCCUGCCAUAAAGGAUGGGGCACCAGCAUCAUCAUAGGGGUGGCAGCAGCCGGAAAAGAGAUAUCCACCCUGCCCUUCCAGCUGGUGACUGGUCGUACCUGGAAAGGCACUGCUUUUGGAGGCUACAAGAGCGUCGAAAGUGUUCCAAAACUGGUGGAGGAUUACAUGAACAAGAAGCUCAAAGUUGAUGAGUUUGUGACUCACACUCUGCCCUUUGAGAAAAUCUCUGACGGUUUUGAUCUAAUGCAUGCUGGGAAAUGCAUCCGGGUCGUCCUUCAGUUCUAGAAGGGCACAGAAAAUCCAUGGCUUCACUCAAUGUUUACACCGCUCACUGUAAUAAAUAACUUUUGCAAGUCA